CACAUUCAGUCAAUUAAAUUUGGAAAGAAAAACAAUCAACAGAGGACAUAGAAUGACAUUGAAAGGAAGAAAAAAAAAAUUGAGGGAAGAAGUGGGAGAAUGUGAAAGGAAGAAGAAAGGUCAUUUCCAACCAUUUCACUCUCCCUUAAGCCUUAUCCAUGUGCGUUGACUUUUGGAGUAUAUAUAGUAACAAUAAAAGAACCACAAAGAGAGAGAAGUGGGAAGAAGAAUUCUGAAAAACCAUCAAUAAUUGCCUUGUAACUUGUACAACAAUGGCUACGAGUGCUGAAGUUGACAAUAGUAAGAAUGAUGGGUUGGUGUUCUUUGGGAAGGGUGUUAGGCCAUUUAAUUUUGAAGAGUUGAUAACUUCUCAAGCUGACUUUUUGGGGAAGGGUACUUUUGGGAGUUGCUACAAGGCGGAUUUGGAGGGAAAGGGUGUUGUUGUGGCUGUGAUCAGGUUAAAGGCUGCAGGUCAUGUUCCUGAGGUGGAAUUCAAAGAAAGGGUUGGAAGGUUAGGAGAAUUGGUUCAUGAGAAUUUGCUCUCUCUUAAAGCUUAUUGUUGCCAUAUUGAUGAGAGGCUUCUUCUAUGUGAUUACAUGCCUAUGGGAAGCUUGUCUGCUCUUCUCCAUGGGAGAAAAGGUGCAGACAAGACUCGACUCAGUUGGAAAGUUAGGAGUAGGAUUGCUUAUGGAGUUGCUCGUGGCAUCGAGUAUCUACAUUCACAAGGCCCCAAUGUCUGCCAUGGAAACAUAAGGUCAUCCAAUGUUCUCCUGACCAGAUCCUACAGUGCCCGAAUCUCGGGUUUUGGCAUAGCUCAACUGGUUUCACCUGGAUCCAAAUCCAACCUCAUUCCGGGCUAUCACGCGCCUGAGGUUACAAAUACUGAAAAAGUUUCCCUGGAGGCUGAUGUUUAUAGCUUUGGUGUCCUGCUUUUGGAAAUGCUGACCGGUGAGGCCUCCUUGGGUGCCAUUUCCAACAAGAAAGGGUUCGACCUGCCUAAGUGGGUGCGAUUGUUGUUUCAGGAGAAGCCAAUCUUCGAUGUGUUCGACAAGGAGCUGCCAAGGAACAAGAAGACCGAGGAGGAGAUGGUCCAGAUGUUACAACUUGCAAUUUGUUGUACUUUCGAAUAUCCUAACAACCGACCCUCAAUGGCUGCAGUGUCGAACAGGAUCAAGGAGGUUUGUGGAGUUGAGGCAUAAGGAUUGAUUGUACAAGCAAUUUUCAAGUACAAAAUCAAAUAACCAGCAGAAAAAACACUACAUGAUUUAGAUUUCAAUGAAUAUUUUUUAACACAAACACC